AUGGAGAACCACAAUGGCACCGACCCAAAAGACCCCGCGAGUUUCCUGUCCUCCAUCAUCGGCGUGCCCGUCACCGUCAAGCUCAACUCUGGCAUUGUAUACAAGGGCGAAUUACAGUCUGUGGACGGAUACAUGAAUAUUGCGCUGGAAAAGUGUACGGAGUAUGUCAACGGGCAACAACGGCGGAACUAUGGGGAUGCGUUUGUCAGAGGCAAUAACGUGCUUUACAUUUCGAGCGAGUGA